GUAUUUUAAAAAUUGUAUUUAAAUUAAAUAUAUUUAAAGUUGAUUAGCAAUUGUUGAGUUCGAAAAUGAAAGAAAAACGGAAGAAAGAGAAGCACAGAAAGAAAAAUAAACGUGAGCGAAAGCGUCAUAGCUCCACUAGUUCCAGCAGCUCUAGUGAGGAUGAGUGGGUGGAAAAAGAGCCCGCACCUAAGCAAAAUACUGCUGAACGAGAAGAUUGGAUGGCCAUGACAGGCAUGAUGAAAACAUACACUAAGGAUGAUAUAAGGAAGCCAAAACAAGAAGAGAAAAAACACAUUGAUUCGUACAACCCAGCAACCAGCAGUAGAGAACUCAACCCCUACUGGAAAGAUGGUGGCGGAGGCGUACCACAAACUCCUGAGAGUUUCCGGAAAUCUAGACAAUUUCUCAAACCUGAAUCAACUGGAGAUCUAUAUCGAUCUUCUAGUUCAAAAGAAUCCUACACAGAUACAGAUUACAAAAGAAAGAGUAACAGUUACAGUAGCUCUUACAGUCACAAAUCUGGUGGUUGGAGGAAAGAAUCCAAAAGAUAUGAACAUAGGGAGUCAAAAGAGGAAAAUAGGAGUAGCUCAAGAGAGGAAAGUAGAAGAGAUUCUACAGAUGACUACAGGAGGGACUCAAGAGAUGACCACAGAAGGGACUCUAGAGAUGACUACAGAAAAGAGUCAAGGGAUGGCCAUAGAAAGGAUUCAAUGGAUAGAAGAGAUGACAACAGGAGGGAUGAAAGGGAGAACAAAAGAGAUUUUAGAUAUCAAUCCCCUGAAAACAGAGACAUAGAAUCAAAACCAAGCACAGCAAUAAAUGCUGUAGAAUUAAAGCAGAAUUCCAAAAAGGAUGAGCUCUAUUUAAGCGAUGAAAAACUGAACAAAUUAGCUGCAAAGAUUGUAAAAGCAGAAAUUAUGGGAAACACAACUUUAGUUACUGAACUUAAAGCUAAACUUGAAGCAUCAAGAGAAUACAGAAAACAGAAUCCUGAUGCAGGCAAGGAGGAGGAGGAUGAUAGAGUAAUGCUGAUGUCUACUAAUAGCAUGGGUAAUAGUAGACCUUUGACCAAAGGGUCGGGCGGGGACCCUAGGAGUAAAGGGGGGAAGAGAAAAGCUGAAACACAUGCUUCUGGGGAAAGGACUAAGUACUUUGGCAAUGAUGACAAGUAUAAUCUUAAGCAAAUGUUCCAAGAAGAGAAAUAUGGUGACAAUUAUAAUGAAGAUGCAGAGCUGGCUAAAAUUGCGGCCAAACACAAAAAUCCCAAUGAUGAUCUGGAAGACAUAUUCACUGACGAGAUAUCCAAAAACAGGAGUGAAGCUAAGGAUAGCGAGAGAGAGAAACAGAGAGCUAUACAAGCGCAUAGUAAGAUGGAGAAAUCUCUGGAAGGAUGUGAAUAUUGUUUGGAUUCUAAGAACAUGUUGAAACAUUUAAUGGUUAGCUGCGGGAAUAAGGUGUACUUGGCAUUGCCUGCGAAGAAGUCACUGGUGAAAGGACAGUGCAUUAUCACUACAAUACAGCAUUCUACAUGUGUAACUGCUGUUGAUGAAGAUGUUUGGGAGGAAAUCAUGAAUUACAGGCAAGCUCUCACAAAAUUCUUCAACUCUCAGGACAAAGAUGUUGUGUUUUUUGAAACAGCAACAAGGCUGCAUAAAUUCCCGCAUUUGGUAAUAAAUUGCAUACCAUUGCCAAGAGACGUAGGAGACAUGGCAUCAAUCUACUUCAAGAAAGCACUUCUGGAAUGUGAGGCAGAAUGGUCCGUCAAUAAGAAAGUUGUUGAAUUAAAAGGGAAAAAUAUAAGGAAAGGUGUUCCCAAAGGGCUACCAUAUUUUUGGGUUGAUUUUGCCAUGGAUCCUGGCUUUGCCCAUGUUAUAGAAGAUCAGCAACUGUUUCCUAAAAAUUUUGCAGAGGAAAUAAUUGGGGGUAUUCUAGACCUGGACCACUACUUGUGGAAAAAUCCUAAAAGGGAACCAAGUAAUGAGCAAAGGCAAAAAGUGCUAGAAUUCUCAAGAGAAUGGAAACCAUUUGAUAUACUUAGUAAGAAUAAAGUGUGACAGAGUA